CGGAAUUACAGAUCAGUUUCGAUGUGGCAAUAGACGAAGACGGUUCUAAAAAAGUGAUAUAGCCAAAAUAAAAAAAAAACUGUUUUGUUAUAAUAUUGCUCAUCAUCCGUUGAAAACCUUUUAUAGAACGACUUUUUGGUUAAUUUUUAUUUAAUUGCGCUCCUACAAUUUGUGGCGUUAAUUUUUUGUUUUGUUUGGAUUCUCUCCUCUCUCUCUCGUUGUGUGUACCAAAUUAAUUAGCGAAUUCAAACAAACUACUUUAUUUAGUGAGUGUGUGGUGGAAUGACAUAAUUAAGAGCACAUAAUCUCUGUUUGUGGCGACAUUUACAAUAAAAGUUCAACAAGAAAAUUUAGCGCGUUCAAAGUGUGUCUUACUAAUUUUCGCAUAUUAGUUGAAAGUAUAUAAUGGUGUAAGAACACAUUCUGAAUUCAGUCACUCUGUUUGCAUUUGGAUUAAUCUAAUCACGAAAAUGAGUAGCGGAGGUUAUUCAUGUAUGCGACGGACGUUUUGCUGGCUCAACAUAAUUAUAUUGAUAUGUUCAUGUGCAUUUCUAGGAGCUGGAUUAUGGUUACGGUUAGCAUAUCAAGGAGAAUAUGUGACACUACUACCAGACCAUGCAGCCCUAAGCGCUGAUUCGUUACUUUUAACGGCUGGCGUAAUGGGUUUUGUAAUAACAUUUUUCGGGUGUUGUGGUUCGUGGUUCCAGUCCAAAUGUUUAUUAAUUUGUUACUUCACAUUACUAGUCCUAUUAUUUUUAACUGAAUUCCUUCUCGGAUCAUUGGCGUUUGUUUUCCGCGGGGGAAUAGGACGAACACUGGCCAGUGAACUUAAGUACGGAAUCGAGAAAUUUUACAAUUCGACCGAUAUGGGAGGCCGUAUAACGCCGUCAGUGGCUGCAAUAUGGGACAGUCUACAGUCGAAUGUACAUUGCUGUGGCGUGAAUUCAUAUGAAGAUUGGUAUGACAUAAGUUCGUGGCCGGGUGAACGAUGGGUUCCCGACUCUUGUUGUCGUCCGCAAUACAAUGAAUCGUUUGGAUUGGUUGAAGGAUCUGGCUAUGAAUUACCAGCUUCCAUUAACUGCUCCAAAGCUCACAAUCCGGCGUUGUGGUGGAGUCAUGGAUGUUUGGACGCUAUUCAGAUGUGGCUGGUGCAUCGAUUGCAUGUGGUUGGUGCGGUUGGACUUGUAAUAGCUUUUAUUCAAUUGUUUGGUCUAUUGACGUCGAUGCUGCUAUUUUGCACGAUGCGUCACCGGAAAAAGGAAGAAGAAACGUAUAAAUCGUAUUCGCCGACAACGGACAACCAAAGGAAUCGAUCAAUAAAUAGCUACAUAGAUGAAUAGUUUACUGGCUACGCAGCAAAUUAAAUUUUUAUUUAUUAAUUAAUUAACGGUGCCAAAAAUUACUUUUCUUUUAAUUUCAUUUGAGUUUAAUGGUUUUAAUUUACUAUUUUAUGCUUAAGAUAACGAUGUACCUCUUCUCAUGUACAAUAUAAACGAUGCGCAUAAAAAAA